AUGGACCAUAUUUUGUGUGCUGGCACCGAGAACAAGCUGAGCUCCCUCUCUGACCUCGAGCAGCAGUACCGGGCUCUGCGCAAGUACUAUGAGAACUGUGAGGUAGUUAUGGGCAACCUGGAAAUCACCAGCAUUGAGCACAACAGGGACCUCUCCUUCCUGCGGUCUAUUCGAGAAGUCACAGGCUACGUUUUGGUGGCUUUGAAUCAGUUUGAGUACCUGCCCCUGGAGAACCUGCGCAUUGUCCGUGGGACCAAGCUCUACGAGGAGCGCUAUGCUUUGGCCAUAUUCCUUAACUACAGGAAGGAUGGCAACUUUGGGCUCAGGGAACUUGGCUUGAAGAACUUGACGGAAAUACUGAAUGGUGGAGUCUACGUUGGCCAGAACAAAUUCCUUUGCUUCGCAGACACCAUUCACUGGCAGGAUAUUGUGCGUAACCCCUGGGCCUCCAACUUCACUCUGGUUCCAACGAAUGGUAGCUCAGGAUGUGGCCGUUGCCAUAAGUCCUGCACAGGCCGAUGCUGGGGACCCACGGAGAAUCACUGCCAGACCUUGACGAAGACAGUGUGCGCGGAGCAGUGCGACGGACGCUGCUAUGGGCCCUACGUCAGCGACUGCUGCCACCGCGAGUGCGCCGGGGGCUGCUCCGGACCCAAGGACACCGACUGCUUUGCCUGCAUGAAUUUCAACGACAGUGGCGCCUGUGUCACGCAGUGUCCCCAGACCUUUGUGUACAACCCUACCACCUUUCAGCUGGAGCACAACCACAAUGCCAAGUACACCUAUGGGGCCUUUUGCGUCAAGAAGUGCCCACAUAACUUUGUGGUGGAUUCCAGCUCUUGUGUCCGUGCAUGUCCCAGCUCCAAGAUGGAAGUUGAAGAAAAUGGCAUUAAGAUGUGCAAGCCCUGCACUGACAUUUGUCCUAAAGCUUGUGAUGGCAUUGGAACAGGGAGUUUAGUGUCAGCUCAGACGGUGGAUUCCAGCAACAUUGACAAGUUCAUCAACUGCACCAAGAUCAAUGGCAACCUUAUCUUCCUUGUUACUGGGAUUCACGGGGACCCUUACCACACAAUUGCUGCAAUCAAUCCAGAGAAACUGAAUAUCUUCCAAACUGUGCGGGAGAUAACAGGAUAUUUGAACAUCCAGUCGUGGCCUGAGAACAUGACAGAUUUCAGGGUCUUUUCUAACUUGGUUACUAUUGGUGGGAGAGCUCUCUACAGUGGCCUUUCCUUGCUCAUCCUAAAGCAGCAAGGCAUCACCUCUCUGCAGUUUCAGUCCUUGAAGCAAAUCAGUGCUGGCAACAUCUACAUAACAGACAACAGCAAUCUGUGCUACUACCACACUGUGAACUGGAGCAGCCUCUUCAGCACACCCAGCCAGAAGACAGUGAUCCAUCGGAACAAAAAGGCAGAGAACUGCACUGCUGAUGGAAUGGUGUGUAAUGAGUUAUGCUCAAGUGAUGGCUGCUGGGGGCCAGGACCUGACCAGUGUCUCUCCUGCAAGCGCUUCAUCAGGGGAAGGACCUGCAUAGACUCUUGUAACCUGUAUGAUGGGGAAUUUCGGGAAUUUGUGAACGGCUCUGUGUGUGUGGAGUGUGAUCCCCAAUGUGAGAAGAUGGAAGAGAACAUGAUCACCUGCUAUGGGCCGGGACCUGACCACUGCACAAAGUGUUUCCACUUUAAGGAUGGUCCAAAUUGUGUGGAAAAGUGCCCUGAUGGCUUACAGGGAGCCAACAGCUUCAUUUUCAAAUAUGCUGAUGAGGAUCGCGAGUGCCAUCCGUGUCAUCCAAACUGCAGCCAAGGGUGUAGAGGUCCCGCUAGUCAUGACUGCAUUUACUAUCCCUGGACGCGACAGUCCGCGUUACCGCAGCACGCUAGAACCCCCCUGAUUGCUGCGGGAGUUAUUGGUGGCCUCUUCAUCAUCGUCAUCCUGGGCUUGACCUUUGCCGUCUACGUUCGGCGCAAAAGCAUUAAGAAGAAGAGAGCACUGCGAAGGUUCCUGGAGACUGAGCUUGUGGAACCCUUGACUCCAAGUGGCACAGCACCCAACCAAGCACAGCUUCGUAUCCUGAAGGAAACUGAGCUGAAGCGAGUCAAGGUUCUUGGCUCUGGUGCCUUUGGAACUGUCUACAAGGGUAUUUGGGUCCCUGAGGGAGAAACUGUAAAGAUUCCUGUGGCCAUUAAGAUCCUGAAUGAGACCACUGGUCCAAAGGCCAAUGUGGAGUUUAUGGAUGAAGCUCUGAUUAUGGCCAGCAUGGACCACCCACACCUGGUUAGACUCCUUGGUGUCUGCCUGAGCCCCACCAUUCAGCUGGUCACUCAGCUGAUGCCCCAUGGCUGCCUGCUGGAUUAUGUUCAUGAACAUAAGGAUAACAUCGGCUCCCAGCUUCUGCUGAACUGGUGUGUCCAAAUAGCUAAGGGAAUGAUGUACCUGGAGGAGAGGAGACUUGUCCACCGAGACUUGGCAGCCCGUAAUGUCCUGGUGAAAUCACCAAACCACGUGAAGAUCACUGACUUUGGCUUGGCCAGGCUUCUGGAAGGGGAUGAAAAAGAGUAUAAUGCUGAUGGAGGGAAGAUGCCAAUUAAGUGGAUGGCUCUGGAGUGCAUACACUACAGGAAAUUCACCCACCAGAGUGACGUCUGGAGCUAUGGAGUAACUAUCUGGGAGCUUAUGACCUUUGGUGGGAAGCCAUACGAUGGAAUCCCUACUCGAGAGAUCCCUGACCUCUUGGAGAAAGGAGAGCGCUUGCCCCAGCCUCCAAUCUGUACUAUUGAUGUUUAUAUGGUGAUGGUGAAGUGCUGGAUGAUUGAUGCAGACAGCAGACCAAAAUUCAAGGAGCUGGCUGCUGAGUUCUCUAGAAUGGCUCGAGACCCUCAGAGAUACCUGGUCAUUCAGGGAGAUGAUCGUAUGAAGCUCCCAAGCCCAAAUGACAGCAAGUUCUUCCAGAACCUUCUUGAUGAGGAAGACCUGGAAGAUAUGAUGGAUGCUGAAGAAUAUCUUGUUCCUCAAGCCUUCAACAUCCCUCCUCCCAUCUACACGUCCAGGACAAGAAUUGAUUCCAACAGGAGUGAAAUUGGACACAGCCCUCCUCCUGCCUACACCCCUAUAUCAGGAAACCAGUUUGUCUAUAGAGAUGGUGGCUAUGCUGCUGAGGUGCCGAUGCCAUACAGAGCUCCUGGCUGCAUACCAGAGGCCCCAGCUGCUCAAGGGGCCACAGCAGAGAUCUUUGAGGACACUUGCUGCAACGGGACCCUGCGGAAGCAAGUGGCAACCUUGGCCAAGGAGGACAGCAGCACCCAGAGGUACAGCGCUGACCCCACUGUCUUCAUACCUGAGAGGGGGGUCCAGGGAGAGCUGGAUGAGGAUGGCUACAUGACACCUAUGAGAGACAAGCCUAAAACAGAUUACCUGAACCCUGUGGAAGAGAACCCUUUUGUUUCCCGGCGGAAGAACGGAGACCUGCAGGCCGUGGACAACCCUGAGUACCAGAAGGCAUCCAACGGGCAGCCCAAGGCGGAGGAGGAGUACAUCAACGAGCCGCUGUACCUCAACACCUUCGCCAACACCCUGGAGGGUGCCGAGUACCUGAAGGGCAAUCAGCCGGAGAAAGCCAAGAAGGCCUUUGACAACCCAGACUACUGGAACCACAGCCUGCCCCCGCGCAGCACGCUGCACCAGCCGGACUACCUGCAGGAGUACAGCACCAAAUACCUGUACAGGCAGAACGGGCGGAUCCGGCCCCUCGUGGCGGAGAACCCUGAGUACCUCGCCGAGUUCUCCCUGAAGCCUGGCACUGUGCUGCCCCCACCGCCCUACAGACACCGAAACACGGUGGUGUAG